AUGAAUUGCCAUAAAGGGGCGAAGGAAAAUACUGUCCAUCUGCAUGUUAAGAUACUUGUAAUAUGCCUCCUCGUUUGGACAUGGAUUUCUUGUAACCUUACCAGGUACAGGGAACACUAUGACAUGCCACAUAAUUUUGGAAAAUCGGUGGCUUCAAGAUAUGAUAGAUCAUUAGCAGAAAAUAUAGGAAACACUCAAUUAGGAAAUAACAAAUUAAAGACUCAAAAUGGAAGUCCUACAACUGCGGGCAAAAAUCUAAAAGGAACCCGCCACACCGAGUUACAAGUUAAUAAAAAAUCUGAUGUAACGCGAGACAAGUCACGAGAUGCAAAUACCCCGGAUGAUUUAAACAUUAAAAAAAGAACGAAAAGGCCAAAGGAUCAUUCAUUGCAGAAUGCUAAGAAACCUUCUGUAGAACAAAAGAAAACAAUAAAGAAUGGAUUAUCCCAAUGUACCUUAAAAGGAGACAAUAUGAGAGGACCAGGAAUUAAUAAAAAACCUACCAGAUCAACUGUUAAAUCAGCGAAAGGGUCAGCCCCCAGUGGCUUAAAAGUUAAUAAUAAACAAGACUCAUCCGUAGAUGGACCUGCAGAGGGACCCUCUCCGAGAAAACUGAACGACAAUAAAAUGGGGAACAAAAUGUCCAAUUCUAUGAAAAACGGAGCGCCGUCUAAAUCAACCGUUAAAUCAGUGAAAGGCUCAGCCCCCAGUGGCUUAAAAGUUAAUAAUAAACAAGACUCAUCCGUAGAUGGACCUGCAGAGGGACCCUCUCCGAGAAAACUGAACGACAAUAAAAUGGGGAAAAAAAUGUCCAAUUCUAUGAAAAACGGAGCCUCGAGUUCGUCAGAAGUUAGCAAAAAAGGAGGCAAGAUAACUAGCUCACCAAAGGACUCCCCCACUAAGGCAUUAAAAGCCAACAACAAGGAAAAACCAGAAAAACAUCCUUCAGGUAAAGUGAACACAUCCGAGUUGAAGGAUAAUACAAAAAAUGAUCAUGUACCAGGACCAAAACCCAGCGAAUUACUCUCUAAACGGAAAGACAGCAAAGCUCCAGAAAACACAUCAGUGCAGGUGUCACAGAAAAAAUUAAAGCAGAAACCAAAAACAUACAAAUCAAAAUAUUAUCCAUUAAAAAAUGUUCCCCCUAGUGGAGUAGUCGGAAGUAAAAGAAUGAAGGAAUCAGGUGAUAUUAAAUUGAAAAAUAAAUCACCCACUGGACUGGUAGGACAACAAAAAGACACGAAAUCGCCAAAUUAUCCUUUAAAAAAUAUUCCCAAAAGUGAUUUAACACAGGAGCAGAAAGGGUUAAAAAGUAAUAUGUUAAAAUGUACACCUUCUGAUGUACAAGAAUGGAAAGAACAAAAUCUCAAAAUUACACCUAUCAUAUUCCCAGAUGAAAAAGGCGAAUAUGAUGUAAAUAUACGUUCAGGGGAAGAAGAGAAUAAAAGAUUUAUAACGAAAGUUUACAAUUUGAAAAGAAAGAAACGUCCUAAUAACAAUAACUACGAAUAUAUGCAUGGAGUAAACGAUCCAUUAACUCUUGAACUCCAAGAAUUUGAACAAUAUGACAAACCAUUAUACCCCUUCAAGGAGAAACUUCCUGAUUUAAAAGAAUAUAAGGAAAGUAGCAUAUCAAGUGAUUAUGGUCUGAGAAACAAACCACCUGAAUUAAAAAAACAUCCCGAAGGUAACAUAUCCAAAGAACAACUGCAGAACAAAUCACAUAACUUAGAAGCAUAUAAGGAAAGUCACCUCGCACAGGAAAAUGGAUUAACAAAUAAUGCACCUGCAGGAUUAAAAGAAUAUGAAACACCGGACGAAACAAGGGAUUAUGGAUUAAAGGGGUAUGCAGAUUCCCAAUCAAAGGUAUCAGAAUUAAAGAAACCAAACAUAGAAGAACCAAAAAUUGAUGAUCAAUCAAGUAGUCAUGCAACGGAGCAAAAAGUAAAUGACCCAUCCGAACAAACUCUAACUACUGUAGCAAACGGAAAUAAUUCCAAUGCGCAGGUUAUCAAUUGUGGAAUAUCAAGAAAAAUCCCAACCGAUGUAGAUCAAAUCGAAAGAACUGUAGAAACUGUAGUCUGUGCCCUGAAGGAAAAUGACAAAGGGAAUAUCGAUGAAUAUAUCGAAACACAUACAACAAGACGCUAUAAAUUAAAAGCAGAUGUAAUAGACGGGGUAAAGCAAUAUGAUGAAAAAUUUGAAAAAGCCGCCUACGGAUUUAGAGAAAAGCUUCCAGUUACGGAAGUGCAAGAGUACGAUGUGGUUGAAAGAAUAUUUAAAAAACCAGUAAAAGUUAAAGAAGACGAAAUUAAACCUAUAGAACGUUACACAUACAUUCUUAAUGGAAAAAAACCGAGACCGCCACGUAAAAAUUAUGGAUUAUUAGAUUUAUGCUCUUUUACUUUUCAUGUUAUUUUUGAUCGUAAUGUAUACUUGGUUAACAAAGAACAUUUGUCCUUAUUCAAUAUGGGAAAAAAAGCUAUACAAGGUCAGUUAACCCAAGAAUUGAUGAAUGAGUAUAUUGUUAAUUGUGUGAAACAAAAGACUGAUGGAAAAGAAAGUGAAAAAAAAGAAUAA